GAGAAGAGCGGGACCGCAACGACCAAGUGGGGGAGAUUGAGAGCACGAAAAAGCGCCAACGCUGCAAUGUAAUUUUCAGUUUACUUUUGUUUUGGAGCUCUCUCGAGCAGCAGUUGAUAAAUUUUCGUUGGAUCCCGUGCGCUCCAUUUUCACCGUGCGCUGCCGUGUUCGUUACGAUAUUUGAAAAAUAGAAAACAGAAUUAAACUAAAGCUUGCUUUGAGAAUGUUGUUGAAUGGAAAUCGCACAUAUAUUUCCUAAUGUCAAAUUUCCGUUGAUAAAUUUUCAGUUUUAAAUAGAAAAUACACCAAAAAAAAAGUACGAUUUCCCCAAAAUUAAGUGUUAUGUUGUGUGGAGUGUGGUGUGGCUGCUGCUCCAAUACAGAUCCUGUGCAUAUCCAUACAUAGCCGUUGCGGGAAGCUAAUAACAGUUUGGGGUUACGACUAAGAGAUACCACCCAUCUACUGAUAGACUGCGAGGAAUACAGUCGCCAAGCAGCAGUCGUUGGUGUUGUCUCCGUGCCCCCUUAGACGUAGCCGUAGCCGUAGCCGUGUCCGAUUCCGAGUCCGAGCCCCAUAUCCGCUAUGAUGCUGGACGAUGACAACUCAGAUCUCUUGGUCUGUGCAUCCGAAAUGAUGAAAGACCGUUUGUAUUUUGUGGCGUUCAAGAAGAACAUCAAGCCCAAGAAUACCGUCAACACGCACUACUUCAGCAUCGAUGAGGAGUUCAUCUACGAGAACUUUUACAGCGAUUUUGGUCCCCUCAAUAUCUGCAUGCUGUAUCGAUACUGCAUGAAGCUCAACACGAAGCUGAGUGCCAAGUGCCAUGCCAACAGAAAGAUUGUCCACUACACCUCCAUGAAUCCGGCCAAGCGGCUCAAUGCGGCAUAUCUGAUCGGUUCGUAUGCCAUUAUCUACCUGAAUAAGACGCCUCUGGAGGCCUAUAGGCCUCUGGUGUCUGGCGAAAUACCCGCCUAUACGCGCUUCUGCGAUGCCAGCUAUGGUCCCAGCAGUUUCAAGAUCUCCCUGCUGGAUUGCCUGAAUGCCGUGCACAAGGGCCUGCAGGCGGGCUUCUUCAAUUUCGAUGACUUUGAUGCCGAGGAGUACGAGUACUUUGAGCGCGUGGAAAACGGCGACUUCAAUUGGAUUGUCCCCCAGAAGUUUAUUGCCUUUUGUGGGCCACAUCAGAAGAGCAAGACCCUGCCCAAUGGGUAUCCGUGCCAUGCACCGGAGCGAUACUUUUCCUACUUUCGGGAGAACCAUGUGACCACCGUUAUUCGACUGAAUGCGAAGGUCUACCAUGCCUCCUCGUUUGAAAAUGCCGGCUUCGAUCACAAGGAUCUGUUCUUCAUCGAUGGAAGCACACCAAGCGAUGCCAUCAUGAAGAAGUUCCUCUCCAUCUGUGAGACCACAAAGGGUGCCAUAGCCGUGCAUUGCAAGGCGGGACUAGGUCGCACGGGCAGCCUCAUUGGAGCGUAUAUGAUGAAGCAUUAUGGUUUUACCGCACUAGAGGCCAUUGCCUGGCUAAGGCUGUGCCGCCCGGGUUCCGUGAUUGGCCAUCAGCAGCAGUGGAUGGAGGACAAACAAAGCUGGUUGUGGUCCGAGGGCGAACGUAUGCGCCGUCGCACUGGUGUUCCCAUGCUACGGCACACGUAUGGCAUCUACAGCCUGGAGCUGAAGACCAAACUGACGGAAGCCUCCGCCGCCUCGAAUCCCCCCGUGGAUCUGCUGAUGAAUCGAGUCAAGGGGAUUUCCCAGCGUGUGGACACAAUGCAUCUGAAUGACCAGGACACAGCCCUGGAUUCGGGUGCCGACCAGACGGACGAAGAGAUCUCCGAGCAGCGGCGCCUAGAGCGGAACGAACGAGCGCUGUACCAGCGCUGCACCACGGAAGAUCCCAAUUGCAAUGGCAGCGACAAUGACACGGAUACGGCCAGCGCACCGGCCGAAGCCCCACCGCUGGCCGCCACCUACACAAUGUCAACGCGACGCCGCAAGUCCCCGUCGGCAGCCAACAAACCCACAGUGAUUGCCAACUCCCUGAGGCGCCUGGUCAAUCCGGUGGCCACCCAUCGUAGUGUGCACAGCGCCACCCCACUGAUGACAACUCCGGGUAUUGUUUAUGCCACGCCCGACGUCACCACCUGCACUGAGAAGAAGCUGCGGAAGCCCAGUGGCAAUGUAUUCGAUGCGGCCCGCCAUACCAUCGCAUCGACGGUGCGGAUGACGCAGACGGCGCUGGAGAAGAAACAGGCCCAGACGCAGGGCGACAAACUGAAUCAGAUCAAGGCGCUGCGGCGGCACCAUUCGCGCUCCGUAAAUGUUAACAGCAACAACGAGCUGGACUCGAAUCUGAAGCAUACGCGAGCCCGUUCUCAGCCCUUCCGGAACAACAACAAUGGGGUGACGGCGAGAUGUGCAACGCAGACCACGCCCUCCCUGCUGCAAGGGACAGUGCCGGGAGUGUCGGCGGCAGCGGUUGCUUUGGCCAACAAUCUGAACAAUAACAACAGCAAUAGUACCCUCUCUCACAGCAGUACUCUAAACCCAUCCCUGAAUAACCAGAAUUAUAAUCAGAACAAAAACAACAAUGAUGGCACCACUAACAAUCUCCUGCCCGGCAGUCGCACCCGCAGCCUGGCGAUCUACAGCAAGAGAAUGGAAUUGAAACACCUGCGCAAGGCGGAACAGCAGGAGCAGCCGGUAUCCACUACAACGAACAGCGUCAAGCCGCCACCGUAUGCCACCAUCAACGAGAGCAAGAUCCCUGUGGUGAUGAUGAGCAGUGCUGCCGCUGGCAGCUCGGCCACCAUUCCCCCCACGCGCGGCAGUGCCGCCCGCACCUCGCACCACCAUAUGACUCUGCGCGGUCGCUCGCGAAUCCGCUAUCAGCGUCCAGCGGCCGGAGAGUCCGCGCCUGCGGCCGCUCAGGCCCAGCCCUGUACGGUGGCGACGGCACGCUACUAUCGCGAUGUGUCCGCCAUACCCACCGCCAUGUCGUCGUUGAUUGCUUUGGGAACUAGUUCUUCCAACUCUGCUUCCACUUGUACUACUUCUACUGCUGGUUCUGGUUGCUAUAAUAUAGCCACACGAUCCUCCUCCGCUACGCUCGAUCUGAACUCGAAUCCAUUGCCAGCGGCCACACAAGGCACUGGAAGUGGGACUGGGGCUGGGGCCAAGUCCAAGCUAUCCAACAACACGAACAACAACCUCAACAACAACUGCAAUUUGAGUAAUGCCCAUUCUUCUGUUUCUCCUCCACCCAACCACAACCACAACCACCACCUCCCAUCAUCCUCUCCAGACACAGGCCGUCUUAGUGGGCGCGGCAGUGCCGAACUGGAGGCAAUCAUCGAGCACGUGGGAGCGAGGCGGAACAAGCGAUCUCUGAGCUCCACGCGCCUGGACAAGGACAAGUGCGACGAAUACAACACGAAGCUACUGCGGAAGACGAGCAUCGUAGCAGCGGCCGCCGUAGCAGCAGCAGCCUCCGCACCCACUCCUGCCAUCCACAAUCCGAACAACAACAACCAUAACGGAGGCAGCAGCAAAUACAGCAGCAACAGUGGCACACCCACAACACCCAGCACUGGAGGUAGCUUCAAGUUGUCGCGUCGGGUGUUUGGUGAAUCGGGUUCCUCGGCAUCGACAUCGGCCUCCAACUCGGGCAUACCCACGCCAACGGCACCGGCACCGUGCCGGGAGCGAGAGCGCCAACAGCAGGAGCAGCAACAGUCGCUGAAGCUGCGCAAGAAGAUCAGCUACUAAGCAGGAGAAGAUUCCCUGUCCUUCCUUGUUGCCUUUAGUUUUACAAACAUACAACAUAAUCCUUUGUUAAAUAGUGAGAAAUUAAACUUUUGGGAAUCUAUAGAUAAUGUCGGAAUCCGAAUCCCCUCUCCAAAUAGAAAGAGUUUCCCCCGCUUUAAAUCAUAUAUUGCCUUUGCAAUUCUUGUACAAAGUUAACGAAUCAUUAAAAUCAAUUUAAACUUCUUGAUGUUUUAUCACACACGAACCUAAAUCCUUUUAGAUUGUAUUAACGAACGAAAUUUAUGUGCAUUAUUCAGACUCGUUUAGAGUGUAAAUAUGAUACAAGUUUAUUUAGUUGUAAGGACCACUAUAUAUAUAGCAAAAAUAAAAAUGUUAAUAAUAUAAUAUACUUAUACUUUGGGAACGUCUA